UAAUUAUAAUGCACCCUGAUCACGACUAGAGACGUUCUUCAACAUAAAAACAAUCAUUGUUGCUCUGCACCUGUUUGACCAUAACGGGAUCUCCGGGAGCUGUUCUCUGUCUCCGCCAAUCAGCGUGCAGCAAGCCGCGGGGUAAGCCACGCCCUCUGUUCUCUGUGUACGGGAACAUUUUGUUUAUGGAGGAGACUUAGUUCCUCCAGCCGGACAGCCUGUGGCACUUCUACAGCUUUCUCAUUAUUAACAGCGAAAACAAAAAGAAGCUCCGGACUGUUAACAGGCUGGCGUUUAAGCUCUCCGAGCGACACGCAGGAAGACGUUUAAACGUCAAAAAAUACCUAUCGACAGUUUCGAGUUUAAAGUAAUGAAAGAGAAACACGUCCUGCCUUCAUGCUUACUUUCAACAAAAAAGAAGUUAUGGAUUUUUGCGACGGGCAGAAGAGGAGAAAGGUAAGCGGAGGUGUGCGGGGCUGCAGGCAGAGCGUGGCCGCUAAGAUGAAGCGGGACGUGGGCAAAGUCCUCCGCUCCCGCACGGUGGAGGACAACAACCACACGGAGCCCAUGGAGGAGGACGAGGACGACGACUGCUUUUCUAUUAGCUUCCUCCGGAGUGACCGGCUGGAGCCCGCCGUGGUAGUCUCUCCUCGGUAUAACCUGCUACGAGAGGUCGGCCGGGGAAGCUACGGGGUGGUGUACGAGGCUAUAGCCCGGAAAACAGGGGCCAGGGUGGCUGUGAAGAGACUCCAAUGCGACGCACCAGAAAACGUAGAGCUGGCUCUGGCCGAGUUCUGGGCCCUGACGAGCCUGGAGAACCGACACCAGAAUGUGGUCCAGCUGGAGGAGUGUGUCCUGCAGAGGAACGGACUGGCCCAGAAGAUGAGCCAUGGAAACAAGAGGUCCAGACAGUAUCUACGCCUGGUGGAGACCUCCCUCAAAGGAGAGCGCAUCCUGGGUAACCCAGAGGAGCCGUGCUACCUCUGGUUCGUCAUGGAGUUCUGCGAGGGCGGCGACCUCAACCAGUACAUCUUGUCCCGCCGGCCCGAUCCCCAGACCAACAGAAGCUUUAUGCGCCAGCUGACGAGUGCUGUAGCUUUCUUGCACAAGAACAACAUUGUCCAUCGUGAUCUGAAGCCAGACAACAUUCUCAUCUCACAGAAAUCUGGUUCACCUGUUCUUAAAGUGGCCGACUUUGGCCUCAGUAAAGUUUGUGCUGGCCUAAACUCCAAGAACAGUGAAGACCUCCCUGAAGCAGAAGCGUGCGGCAAAGGCAGCAAUCAGAAUAACAUUGUCAACGUGAACAAGUUCUGGUUGUCGUCAGCUUGUGGCUCAGACUUCUACAUGGCCCCGGAAGUGUGGGAGGGCCACUACACAGCCAAGGCUGAUAUCUUCGCCCUCGGCAUCAUCAUCUGGGCAAUGAUUGAGCGGAUCACUUUCAUUGACGCAGAGUCCAAACGUGAACUGCUGGGCACCUACAUACGACAGGGCACAGAGAUUGUACCUGUCGGGGAAGCUCUUUUGGAGAACCCUAAGAUGGUCCUCCACAUCCCUCAGAAGGCUAGGAGCUCCAUGUCCGAUGGGGUGAAGAAACUUCUCCAGGACAUGCUUGCAGUCAACCCUCAGGACCGGCCGGACGCCUUCCAGCUCGAGGUGCGGAUGGACCAAGUCACGUGUGCUGCGUGACAGCCCACAAAUUCCCAAAACCUCUCCUUUUUUAACCUAACCAAUCAAAGAAGGGACCCCUUUCCUUCCCAGCUUUGUUUACUACAUGGACGUGACAAAAAGGGACUGUGACAAACUGAACUGUGAAGAACCCUCGAUCACAAUCGGAGGCUGGAAGCAAUGGAUUUGGCUGAUAAUCCAAAAAUCUCUGGUACGGGAGCAGUAUGCAAAGCAGACCACAGUGCACUUCCAGCACCAUCCAGUUACAAUCAGUCACCACGAAGCUGAGGACAUUUAUUUGGUGAUUAAUGCCAGAGACAUCCAGGUCUAUAAACAUUUGUUUUAUAUUUGUUGAUCUUUGUUCCCAGCAGCCCCGGUGUAGUCCUGCUCUUCCUUAACAUUUGUGAUGUGCUCAGGUGUGGCACACGUUACUGUACCAUUGUUCUAAGGUCAAAGCAUGAUAGUUUGUGAACAACAGAUGACACAACUAGCCCUGCCCCAUACUUGUGCCUUAAAGAUGAUUCACAGAAGUGCGAUUGGAUUUUAAGUUUAUGAAACGGUUUCAAUUGAAUGUGGAUGCCUCUAUAUGACCAACAUAAACAAACAAACCCAUCAGUGAGAACAUUGGUUCUUUCCUAUCAAUUAUUCUUACAGAUUUGAUCAGUUUCCACACAAAAUCAAACCAAAGGAGGUUGAGGAGGUGGAAAAACACUACUGUGUUUGUCCACAGGGGCCGCCAGAAUCACCACAAAAUGCUACCUGGAGUUGCUUUAAAUAAGAUGAUUGAUGAUCCAAAACAGAAAUGCAAUGAGGCUGCAUGCAGAAAUGUUGACCAAAACAAUAUCCCAGGCUACAGUUAUGUCAAGUUAUGAAUGAUUUGGUGGCCCCCUCCUCUGCCCUAAAUCUCGAAGUGCAAUCAUGGCGGUGGAGCUAAAAUGUACAAAACUUUAACUUUAAUGUAGUUCUCAAAGAUUUUGUUUCAGUGUCACGUGCACGCUCGUGUAAAGAAGAUUUACAAAGAUAUGUCACUAAACUGUGCACUCCAGAGGCAGAGAACAAAUGUGAAUAUUAUCUGUGUUGAUGUUCUGAAGGUAUCUCACACCUGUAGAUGUAGCAGGCCUGCAUUAAACUCCUUACAGUACUGUUCAUUUGUAACCAGGCUCUGUCCAUCUGUUUACCAUCACUGCAAAGCUUGAUGAUGGUUUAGUGGGUUUGAAUAAGUUUUUACUGAAUGUUCUUUUCACUUUGAGGUUGAGCGUGAGCUCCUCACAGACUACAAUAACAAGAUAUCAAGUUAAUGGUUAACUUGCAAUCGAGUGUCAUUAAGAGAUAGCAGCCAUUGUUCUGUACUCCACCUUUUAAAGGUUUCUGAUUGGUGCGAUAUGAAUGAUGAUCAGAAUAGGUCAUUCUACAGGAACAGCCCGAGCAGCACUGAGCCAUCUGUUGCCGAUUUUUUUCUGCAGUAUCUCAUUUGGGGACUCUUACAGGAGAUUUGAAGAUUUGCCAUCUGGAAAUAAUCCCCCCAAAAGCAGUCAUGGGAUACCCAUCCUAACUGUCACUUCCUCCUUUCCUCUUGUUAUUGAAGUGCUUCAAACUCAUUAAAAAACACAUUCAGGUCGUGGAAAGAAAAAAAGAUCAUUGUCAGUUUUUGCUCUGAUGCAUGAAAACUGAUCAUUACACGUGAGGCCGGAGU